UCUAGUGAAAUAUAGAAUGACGAGACUCUUCAGAAACUUUAUUAGAGUUCGGACUCGCAGUCAAAGUGAGUUAGUCUUGUUUCCGGCCAUGGAGGGGAACAAAGUGUCCCCAUCAGCGGUUCAGGAAUCGAAUAAUGGCAACGUCUCCUGGUGUUUCCAGCCGUUUUUCAUCUGGAUGCGCCUCUUGGGAAUUGAACUCUACCACAAGUGCUUUCGAUUCAGUAAAUUCAUCAACGUGUAUGGUGUUUUACUGUUACUCAUGUGCGAGUGGGCGAGCGUUGACUUUAUUGCAAUUAAAUUCUGGAAAAUCUCAUUCCCGUUCACCCAGCAGCAGUCGACGAACGCGCUGAAUGUUUCCAUGUCCACCACUUUGAGCUGGAACGCCCGAAUUGAUACGUUGAAUCAUUUCUGUUUUAUUGCCAUUGUUUUCCCGACGUUUUUCCACAUGGCUCACCACAAAUGGCUGCGUCUCUGGAACGUGAUGGAGACAUUUGAUUUCGCUUAUUGCAAACUCAAUCACGAGAAAUUGAGAAAAAUUCUGCUGAUUGGAUUCUUCCCUAUACUAGCGGAAAUUGGGAUAAUAAUUUACAAUCUACUAGUCAAGAUACCAGAUUUUGCGAAUGAAACGAGUUACCGUAAAUUUGUUACCGCCACUGCUUAUUUUGCCAAGAUCGUGCCAAUCAGCGCGCUGGUCUUGUAUUGUUCGGUGGUUUGGUUGAGUUCUCUAUUUUACGAAGAGAUUCGAUUGGACAUCGAAAGGACCUACAAGGUCAAUCAGGAAAACAUCCGCAGAUGGAAGUGCAGUCUGGUUCUGGCCGGAGAAGUUGUCGAUCGUAUUAACGACACUUUCGGGCUGAUCCUUUUGAUAUCCAUCACCCACUUCUUUGUCGAAUUUAUUGCACGCUCGUUUUACCUCGUUAACAGCAUUUCGAUGACCAAUCAACCCGACUGUAUUACGCUUGUCAGCAUGUCUUCGGAAGUCCUUUUUCUCUGGUUCAUCGCCUACAGUCCCGCCAAAAUUCACCACCGGGCUAUUCAAGUAGCGAAAUCGCUUCGCAAAAUCGACAGUGUUGAUAAUAAUCUGCAAAAUCAAGUUUCGUUGUUGGCACUGGGCAUAGUCCAAAAUUUGCCCAAAAUAUCGGCUUUGGGUCACUUUGACGUGAGCCUUCAUUUAAUACCACAGUUGAUCGGGACAACUCUAGCGUACCUUUUUAUUCUCUACCAGUUUCAUGCUUCGGAGAGAAAUGACUGAUGAUCGCAAAGGCGCUAUUAAAUAGUUUUCAAAUUCAUAAUUUUAUUGCCAGUUGUAGUUUACACUCGGCCUUUGUUCAUAAUCUAUACUUGUAAAAAUUUUAUAGCAGUUAGGUGAAAUACAGAAAGUACAAAU